AUGACUUCAGCUGACUUACCUGAACAGCUCUUACUUGAUGGUGGUUUGGAGACUUGGGUAAUUAAUGUCAUGCAGACCUGUACUUGUCCAGUCAUUCAUGAACCAACAGACUUUCAGGCCAAGUUAAUGUCAUUCCUCGCUCAUGAAGGGAAGACCUUAGCUGAUGUCACAGAUUUGUUAACUCCUGCUCUGCCCACCCCAAGAGACCUUAAUACAGAGCUAGUGACUGCUAUAUCCUCAUUGCUUGACAGGUGCCACAUGCCUACUGAUGGACAAGGGUAUCGCAAGCUCCGUUUGUUCUCAGGUGUCAAGCCAACUCCAUAUGGAGAAGAGGAGUAUGAGGCCUGGGCUGAACAAACUGCGCAUAUGCUGGAUGAAUGGCAGUGUCUUGACACAGUUAAGAAACAAAGAAUUGCUGAGAGUCUUAAAGGGCCAGCAGCAGACAUUGUUCGAUCUCUAAGAGUGAGUGAUCCCAACUCCUCUGCCAGUGACUAUUUAAAAGCCCUUGAAACAGCUUUUGGUACCACUGAGAGUGCAGCUGAUCUCAUGGUGAGAUUCCAUCACACAUUCCAACAGGAAGGUGAGAGACUUUCAGCCUACAUACUCAGACUGGAUAAGUUGUUGCACGCAGUUUAUCAUAAAGGUGGUAUUCCAGUGAAAGACAUGAAUCAUACUCACAUUGAGCAAGUGGCGAGAGGAUCCCUACCUCAUGAUCUGGUGGCACUGCGCAUAAGGAUGACAUACAAACUUAAGCCUGAUCCAAGCUUCACAGAGCUGCUGCGUGAUGUCAGAGAAGAGGAAGAAAUGAUUCUUGAAAGACAAACUGUGAAAAAUGUCACGCCCACAUCUUGA